UUUGAUUAUGAAUGAAGCAAAAUCUGCAUACUUUAUUCAUUGUUUUGCUCACCAAUUACAGUUAGCCCUAGUGUUUGUUGCAAAAAAUCACACGAAGGUUAAUGAUUUCUUUGAUGCGGUUUCUCGACUAUUAAACAUUAUUGGAUCUUCCUACAAGUGACGAGAUAAUUUAAGAAUAAAACAAGAGAAUAAAGUUAUGGAAGCAUUGGUUGAAGGUGAGCUUGAGAGUGGUACCGGUUUGAACCAACAAGUGGGUAUCAAACGACCAUCUGAUACUCGAUGGGGUUCUCAUUUUUCAUCUCUAUUGAAUAUCAAGAACAUAUAUUCUUCCAUUUGUGAAGUACUUGAAGACCUUGGUAGAGAUAAUAGUGAUCGUGAUCGUAAAGCUGAAGCAAUUUGCAUCUUAAGGUUAUUAAAAUCCUUUGAUUUUGUGUUUUGUCUACACUUGAUGGUUGAUAUCUUGGGAGUCACAAAUCAUUUAAAUACAACAUUACAAAGAAAAGACCAAGAUAUCGUAAAUGCCAUGAAUCAAGUAGAACUCUACAAUAGCAUUAAACUGGGUGUUCUGAUGAUCGGGUAUACGAAGCAAAGGAUGAAUGUGAAGGUAUUAAGCAAUGAGAUAGGGGUGUUAGUGAAGUUGCUCGUGGCGGGGAAAGGAGGAGAGACAGUACUUGUGGUGGUGUAG